ACUUACUCCACAUUCCUUUUUUUCUAGAAAUUAUGGGAGAGAAUGAUUAUGACAAUGUUGAAAUCAAAACUCUAAGCAUGGCUGAUUUUGCUGGACAAUGUGUCUAUUACGCAUUUCAUCAAGUUUAUCUCCGUCGAAGGGCAUUUUAUAUUUUGGUUACUGACAUGACAAAAGAUCUGGAAAUGAAAGUUGGUAGCGUACAGUGUCAGCAAGAUGGAACAAUGUUUUCCGAUUGGACAUACAAAGAUUACUUUGUAUUUUGGUUGCGAUCACUCCAUGUUUAUUGCGAAAAUGACACUCCUGUGAUAAUUGUAGCUUCCCAUCGAGAUCAAACGGAUGCUGAGGCAUUAAAAAUACCAUUUUUUGACAAACUUUUAGAGUCCCUUCCUGAACAACUAGACCUAAAAAGGCAUCUUAAUUUUAAGAGGUACUUUUCAAUUGGACUGGGAGUUGAAGACGAUAUAGAAAAUCUUAAGACAUGCAUAUUUGACCUAGCUACAAAUUUGCCUACAUGGGGUGAAUAUAUUCCAGCAAAAUGGGAAGCAUUCGAAUGCAGUAUCUUAAAACGAACUGACAAGAUAAUGCAUAAAAGUGAGUUGCGAUCUAUGGAAAUUUUUCCUUCUGAUGUCAUAGAUGAUAUGUUGCGAUUCUACCAUGAAACUGGCGUGAUUCUUAAUUUUAACGAAGGGCAUUUGGCAGAUAUCAUUAUUCUUGAUGUUCAGUGGUUUGUAGAUGCUUUUAAAUUAAUAUUCAGUGAUGAAAAUCAUGUGAAACAGAUGGCCUUAUAUACAGCCGAAUGGCGUGAUUUAAACAGCACAGGCGAUCUGAAUGACAAUUAUUUACAGAGAAUCUGGAACGGAAAUAAUUCUUAUAUACAAAAUAAAGACAGACUUCUUGAUUACAUGCAAAGACUUGGGCUUAUAGCGAAAGGAUCGUCUUCGCAUUAUGUCCCAUGUAUGAAUAAAAAGAAUUUCGAUGAACAUGAACGACUCACGCUCAGGAAAUGUUCUUAUAAAUCGUCCAUUCUCAUGUUCAGAUUUGAUUUCCUACCGUACUUUAUUUUUUGCAGACUUGUAGUUGCCUGCAUGUGUGCAGAAGGUGGUGCUUGGAAAACAUUAUUAGAUGAGAAGAAUGAAAGAAAAGCAUUGUACAAAAAUACAGCAAUGUUCACUUAUGAAGAAAAUAUAGUCGUCCUUUCUGUAACAAAUGAAAGCAUUCUCACUCAGGUUUUUGUCCGAGGGAGAAAAAAAAUUUCAAAGAUUGCAAUUCAGUCAAUUCGUCAUUCCUUAAUAAACAAUUUGGAAAAAAUUACAGGAACUUUUCAUAAAAGUCUAACGUAUGAGAUUGGAUUCGGCUGUAAAAAGAAAAUUGUUGGUGAGUUUUCUCCUGAGAAAAUUGGGUUCGUUCCUGAAUCGGAUCUAAAGAAAAAAUCGGAGAUUUCAUGUCCGUUUCAUCAGCGUAGUGGAUUUCACACCAUUUAUGCACAGGAGUUAUUUGUGGAUUGGAAUCCAAAUCAUUACAGAAAGGGAAUAAACUGGACAAAGUCGUUAUUAUUCUGGUCACGAGAGAAUUUGGAAAAUGAAAGCACAUCCGAGGUGUCAGAACUUAAUGAAAGUCGCGAAGAAAUCGAUAAAGAGAAACAUGGAUCUGAAAUUGAAAAUAUCCAAUUGUCUGAUGAAGAGUGGAAAAAACAUUACCAUAGUGUAUUUAUUAAACUGACAGCAAUUUCUAGAGAUGCAUUACAACUUUAUUUCGACGGUAAAUUUUCUGAAAGUGAUUUAGAAAACGUACUCUCGACCUACAAAGACGAAAUGAGGAAGGGUCAAUACAAAUUUGUUGAAGAACAGCUAUUGAUUUUGUAUCCAGGUGACGGAAGUUGUCCUUCCUCUUCAAAGUUUGACGUAACGAUAAUGUACAAAUUGCUUAGAAAUUAUGGUAAAGAUUUGCCUGAACCAAGUCAAGGUUGGGGAAAGACUCCAAAGAUUGGAGACACAAAGGAAACCGACGACUUGGAAAGGAUCCGGUAUUACAGAAACAAGUUUAGUCAUGCAACACCAAAAACUAGUUUUAUGGAGAAGGAUGAAUUUCAAAUGUAUUGGAUGGACUUAUCUCAGGCGGUAUUGAGAAUAAGCAACAGAGAAUUAAAAGCAGACGUAGAUAAACUGGAAAAACAAAUUGGAGCAAAAAAAUGAAAUGUAAAGACCUUAAGCACUUCACCCUUACAACAGUGAUGCCCUUGAAAAAUACAUUUAUAUUGCGAAAAUGAAUCUACUUUUCACAUUAAAUCUUGCAAUUGACUUUUUUCAUGGACAAAAAGUAAUCAUUUCGUCUUGCUGUUUAAAGGGAAAAUCGUCCGUUC